GCAUGUUCGUUUGCAUCUGAAUCAUAAAAAAAAAACCACAGUCAUUCAUUCAGUCAAAACUGCUCAAAAAACCCUAUUCUCACCUCAAUUCACACUUCUCCCCAGGAAAUUCUGCUUCUUCCUCAUCCGCACCUCCGGGUGUGGAUUCAGAGCUCAUGGCGAUUCUGUAAUUCGAUCUGUGAAAAUUCCAUUUCGGCUCUGUUCCUCCAUCCGGAAUUCCUACAUUUCGGCUCUGGGUUCCUGCUGGACAGUUUGCUGUUCAUCCACGCCCAGGAAUUUCAAUUUGUACGUUACUUUUAAGUAGGAGGCAGUUCAAUGGACACCAGUUCUGGGGAAGACACAGAUAUAAGUGAUUCUGAGAUACAGGAGUAUGAAGAGAAAUCAUACGAAGAAUUGAAAAGCGGGCGCCGUUCCAUCAAGGUAUCAGAUGAAGUCUACAGCUGCCCUUUUUGCUCAAGGAAAAGAAAGCGGGAUUUUGCAUUCAGCGAUCUCUUGCAGCAUGCAAAUGGAAUUGGCACUUGUAAUUCAAAGAAACGAACCCCAAGGGACAAGGCUAACCACCUUGCAUUGGCAAAGUACCUGCAAAAUGAUGCUGCAGUUUCUGCUGGCCAAUCAAAAUCAAAAGAGAAGGUCCAAGCAGAUGCUUUAGCAGAUUGUGACCGUGAUGAAAUGUUUGUUUGGCCAUGGAUUGGGAUUGUUGUGAACCUUCCCAAGCAAUUGAAGGAGGGACGUUUUGUGGGGGAGAGCGGUUCUAAAUUGAGGGAUCAGUACAUAAGGAGAGGCUUCAACCCAACAAGAGUGCGCCCUUUAUGGAAUUACCAGGGGCAUUCCGGAACCGCCCUUGUUGAGUUUCACAAAGAUUGGUCAGGGUUCAGUAAUGCUAUGUCGUUCGACAAGGCUUAUGAGGCAGACCAUCACGGAAAGAGGGACUGGCUAACCGAUAAUGGUGGGAAAAAAUCUGACCUAUAUGCCUGGGUGGCUAGGGCAGAUGACUAUAAUGCAAAUAACAUUGUUGGUGAAAACCUGAGAAGAAUUGGAGACCUUAGAACUGUUUCUGAUAUAAUUGAGGAGGAGGCUCGGAAGGCAAGCAAGCUUGUGUCUAAUUUGACUAAUGUCAUUGAAGAGAAAAACCUGCAUUUGAAGGAGAUGGAGAGCAAGUUUCAGGAGACAUCUGAGUCUCUUAGCAUAUUGAUUAUAGAGAAGGAUAAACUUCAUCAUGCUUAUAAUGAAGAGAUAAAAAAGAUACAGUCAAGUGCUCGUGAUCAUCUGCAGAGGAUAUUUAAUGACCACGAGAGGCAAAAGUUGCAACUGGAAACUCAAAAGAAACAGCUUGAGAGCCGGGGUGCAGAGCUGGAGAAACGUGAGGCUCGAAAUGAAAUUGAUCGGAAGAAGCUCAACGAAGAGCUUGAACAGAAUGCUAAACUAAACAGUUCAAUUUCUGCUGCAACCGAAGAGCAAAGAAGGGCUGAUGAAAAAAUGAUGAAAUUAGCAGAAGAGCAAAAGAGGCAAAAAGAAGAACUUCACAGAAAAAUUAUUUCACUGGAGCAACGACUAGAUGCAAAACAGGCAGCUGAGCUGGAAAUCCAGCAAUUGAGAGGGAAGUUAAAUGUGAUGAGGCAUAUGGGCGAUGAGGGUGAUCAGGAAAUUCUUGAGAAGGUGGAUGAACUGAUAAAGAGUAUAAGGGAAAAGGAAGAAGAGCUUGAAGCUGUUGAAGCUCUAAACCAAACUCUAGUUGUUAAGGAGCUAAAGAGCAAUGAUGAGCUACAAGAGGCUCGAAAAGAGUUGAUCAAUGGGCUGAAAGAAUAUCCAAGAACUUGUGCUAUUGGAGUGAAGCGAAUGGGAGAACUUGACUCCCGACCGUUUCAUGAAGCAAUGAGGAAGAAGUAUGGCGAAUCUGAAGCCGAUGAUAGGGCUACUGAACUGUGUUCAUUAUGGGAGGAGUACCUUAGAGAUCCAGAAUGGCAUCCAAUCAAAGUUGUGUCUGUUGACGGGCAACAGAAUAAACACAUGUCUGUAAUAGAUGAAGAAGACGAGAAACUGAAGGAGUUGAAGAAAAACUAUGGGGAAGAGGUGUGCAAGGCGGUCACGAAUGCACUGAUUGAGGUCAACGAAUACAACCCGAGCGGGAGGUACAUAACGUCCGAGCUUUGGAACUACGCAAAAGGCAAGAAAGCCGAGCUCAAGGAAGGUGUUGAUGUGCUUCUCACACUCUGGAAAAAGAAGAGAGCCACUGAAGGGUUCUGAAUGUGCCCUCCUCCUCACACCCACCACAUAUAUACCACCACCAGAGAGCUCUCUUUGAACUCAUUAAGUUAAGUUUAUUUAACCCUUCUUCCAUGGAUUGAUGAAUCAAUAAAAUUUCCCAGUGUUUGUAAAAUUUAUGGAUUUUAUUUUAACUUUUUAUUUUUUAAAAGCAUGGAUUUAGUUUGCAUGGUUGGAAUGUCUAAAUAAGACUCCUGUUUUCCCCCUUUAGGUCUUAUUGUAUUCGUGGGAUGGAUCUCUCUGGGUCGGAUGUAGACUUCUCACUUCUUCUUUUUUAGUUCGUUCUGAAAAUUAUGUAACAUUAUAGUUCUUUAAACAGAUCAUUAUUAUGCGAUU